GGCGCGUAGCGGGAUGGUGCCACAAUGAGUAAAAUGGCGACGCAGAUGUCACCGCUGCCGGCUUCGCUUGCGGGCAAGUUUAAGGGAUCCUUUGCAUAUAAUACAAUUAAAGACAGGCUGCCUCUUAUCCUGACUAAAGUUAUUGAUACUCUGCAUCGACAUAAAAAUGAAUUCUUUGAAGAAUAUGGAGAAAAAGGUAUUGAAGCAGAGAAGAAAGCUAUAGCCUAUCUCUCCAAGUUACGGAAUGAGCUGCAGACAGACAAGCCAUUGAUUGCCUUGAGCGAUAACCUCCCUGAUGUCACUCUGUGGAACCAGUACCUCGAAUAUCAUAAAAAUUUAUCGAAUGAACCACCAAGUUGGUUUCAAUCACCUUGGUUAUAUACGGAGUGCUAUAUGUAUCGUAGAAUUCAUGAAGCACUUGUUCAAAAUCCACCUAUCAGUAACUAUGAUGUAUUUAAAGAAGAAAAGGAACAUGGUUUCUUUGAAUCUCAGCAAGCUAUUAUUAUUUUAAGUACUCACUUACAAGAACUUUUAAAGAACAUAAAGGACCUAGAUGAAAAAAUCCUGAAGGAAGAAUUGUUUAGGCUGAUUCAGGUUUCACUGUGGGGCAAUAAGUGUGACUUGUCAAUUUCAGCAGGUGCAGAUAAUUCUCAGAAGUCUAACCCAUUACAAUCUGUGGAAGAGUUGAAAUCUUUUAUCUUGGUGGAUCACAUGGAAAAACUCUGGUCACUGCUGAUAAAUAAAAGGAAAAUGGAUAUGCAGACAGCAACUAGACUUGACAUAGUCCUAGAUAAUGCUGGUUUUGAACUUACUGCUGACCUUGUAUUGGCUGACUUUUUGUUAUCCUCAAAAUUGGUUACUGAGAUUCACUUCCAUGGAAAAAGUAUUCCCUGGUAUGUGUCGGAUACUACAAAGCGUGACGUGAAUUGGACAAUUAAACAAAUGCAGUCAGCUAAUCACAAGUGGAUGUCUAGAUGUGGUGUUUCCUGGGAAGGAUAUAUGGAAAAAGGUGCUUGGGUUUAUCAUGAUCAUUUGUUCUGGACUUUGCCACAUGCAUUUUGUAGUAUGGCUCAGGUUACUCCUGAUUUGUAUGCUGAGCUACAGAAAUCAAAUUUGAUUAUUUUUAAAGGUGAUCUGAAUUACAGAAAGUUAAUAGGUGAUCGUAAAUGGGAAUUCACAGUGCCAUUCCAUCAAGCCUUGAACAAUUUUCACCCUGCACCUCUCUGCAGCUUAAGAACACUAAAAUGUGAUGUUCAGGUUGGGUUGAAAUCUGGGCAAGGUGAACAGCUUACGAAUACUGAACCUGAAUGGAUGAUCAUUGGGAAAUAUGGAAUAAUUCAGUUUGAUGCUGCUUCAUAAUUGACUUGCAAAAUCUGAAUGAAUGAUGGCACUGUGCAAAAUACUGUUGUUGAUUGUCAAGUGU